ACAUCUCCCCUGUCUAUCAUGACAUAGCGCCUUUGCGUCUCGCCUGCCGACCAUGUGGCGGGACCGAACGAAUCUCUUCAUUUCCUAUCGCCAGUCGUAUUCGCACCACCCGCCCAAGAAGACGCGAUAUGGCGGCCCAGCUUCGAAUGGCUUCGGCGACAGCCGGCGCAUGUCCGAGGAGCGCCAGGGGCUCAUGUCUAGCGGAGCCUACGAGGAUGACGGCGAUGCCGUGAUCGAGAUGGACCUCCUGCCUCCGCGGUGGCUCGAUAUCCAGGACGAGAUCACCGAACAGCUCGCAGAGAUCGCGAAGCAGACGCGCAAGCUCGACCAGCUGCACCAGAAGCAUGUGCUCCCCGGCUUUGACGACGAGGACGUAAAGAAGCGGGAGGAGCGGGAAAUUGAACAGCUCACGCAGAACAUCACGCGGGGAUUCCAGAGAUGCCAGAAGGCGAUCAAGCGGAUAGAGAUGAUGGUGCGCGAAGCCAAACAACAGGGCAAUAUCAGCAACGGCGAGGAGAUGAUGGCCAAGAACCUGAAGAUCUCGCUGGCUUCGAGAGUCGGCGAGGUGAGCGCCAUGUUCCGCAAGAAGCAAUCUGCCUAUCUGAAAAAGCUCCGCGACCUCGGCGGCUUUGCCUCGCCCUUCCGCUCUGCUACCCCUAUCCAGAACCCCUACAAUGACCCUGCGCUCAUGGAGUCUGACGCCGAUCGCUCAUUUUCGCAAUCUACUCUGCUCCAAACGAAGCAGCAGCGCCUCCGCCAUGACCCCAACGAAGCCCUCAUAGCCCAGCGCGAGCGCGAGAUCGAGGACAUCGCCCAGGGCAUCAUCGAGCUCGCCAACAUCUUCCAGGAACUGCAGACAAUGGUCAUUGACCAAGGAAGCAUGCUCGACCGGAUAGACUACAAUGUUGAACGAAUGGCAACUGACGUAAAGGAGGCAGACAAGGAGCUGAAGGUUGCUUCGGGCUACCAAAAGAGAAGUAUCAAGAGGAAGAUUAUGCUACUCCUCGCCAUUCUGAUCGCCGGGGUAUUUAUUUUGCUGUCGCUCAAGUUGAGCCGAAAAGGAAGCAGCAAACCAGCGCCGGCGCCACCCCACAUUCCCGCGAACCCUCCGCGCGAAGCGCUAGCACCCGCACCAGAGCGACUGCGUGGUAGACGGCAAUCAAUGACUCUACGACCGAGCCGAGAUUGGCACCGGCGGAAAAGACGGUUAUGGCAGGAAGCAGGAGAUCCAUUAGCAUUUUGAGCGACUUGGUUCUUUUGUAAGAUAUUCACUAAUGAAAGAUCCAAACUUAGGACACGCUCCAA